CCCAAUUUCCUCCAUACGUUGACUUUCAUCCAGAAUUCAAGAGAUUUCAGCGCCUUAUUUUGUUGACCGUAGAUGCCUUCAAGGGGAUCCAGGAGGCCUCGUGAGUGCAGCCCUACAAGCUGGCAGACUACAGUCCAGGCACCAGAGCCUGGCUUGUAUUACAUUCCUUCGCAGAGCUGGAAGCCCAUACCUGUUACAUUCUGGCUGACGCAGGAAGCGAAAGAUGACUGCGGGGAGUAUUAUGACUUACUAUGGAAAAGGUUGCAUUCAGGUCAUAAAUCUCUCUUUGACUGGCGAUGGGAUAAACUGGAUGGUGUCGCUAUCUGGAAAGUCAGUUUGAAGAGUGUAUUUGCUGCUCGAUUGCUAGACGGCGAUACAAAGUUAGAGAUACACUUCCUCAAGAAUAUUGGCAAGUUCGGUGGAAGCAAGCUUGAUUUUGUGACCUUUGAAGGACCCGAUAUACAUCGACUCGCGAAGCAAGUUUCGGAGGCUGCAGAGCUGGUGCGUUUCCGGAAACUCUUGGUCAUCGUGAACCCGAGGGGCUUACCUUCAGGAGCAGGGGUAUACAACGACAUUGUGGGAAAGAUGCUGGAAUUGGCGGAAGUGGAUAUUGAGUUGUGGGUGACCGAAAGGCCUAACCACGCGUAUGAUUUCAUCCAACAAGAGAGUAAUAUAUCACAGUAUACUACAAUAAUUACCGUUGGCGGCGAUAGAAUAGUACAUGAAGUUAUAAAUGCAUUGCUUUCUCGGCCAGAUUGGGAAACAGCGUCCAAAAUUCCCUUGGGUAUCAUUCCCUCAGGACCUGCGAAUGCGCUCAACAGAUCUCUUGAUACUUUGGACCCGUAUGUCGCUACGUUGGCUGCUAUCCGCGGAGUGCCCCAACCGACAGAUUUGAUGGCUGUAACGACAUCUUCCGGACAACGUGUUUAUUCCCACUUAUCAUUCAUGUGGGGAUUACUGGCUGACAUUGAUCUGGAAAGUAAAUGGUGGCGAUGGAUCGGUUCUUUGCGCUUUGACAUAUUCGGACUUUGGCGGAUGGUAAACUUGAGGAAAUAUCAAGGAGUCCUUCAUUACCUGCCUGUUGACGAGACUGGCCCACCGCACUUACAUCGUGGACGUUCGCUUACUUCUCCACUGCAAGCAAGGGCUAAGUUUUCCAAAGAGCGGUCAGUAAGGUCGUUCAGUUCUCCGCCACGGCCGCGUCCACGUCCACGCGCCCCUGCAAAGUACGCACAUCUAGAUCCGUCCACUGGUUUGCCGUCGGGUUGGGUGACGCUGGAAGCCGGCUUUACUUCGUUCACCGCUCUGAACCACCCAUGGAUUUCGUCAUCUUUACUUGGUUGCAAUUUUACCUCUGCGUCUGAUGGCGUUAUUGACCUGGUAUUUAGCCAAACGGAUAGAACGGGAUUUCUUCCGUUAUUUUUGGAACAAGACAAAGCAAGACAUAUGAAUGACAAAAGAUGGCACGUCGAACGCGUCAAAGCCUUCAUUUUGGAGCCGGGGAUGAACCAAUACGGCAACUUGGGACUGCUGGACGUGGACGGCCAAAGCAUUGAGCACGGAUGUGUUUGGGUGGAAUGCUUGGAGAACGCAAUCCGCAUACUAGUUCCACCGGACCUUGCAGUACGCGAGAUGGAGCGAGAUCAGAAGAGAAGGCAGCGCAUGAAAGCGGUACAGAAAUUGGAAAGGAAUCAUAUGCGACCGUGGCAAGACAUUAUCAGCGAGAGCGAAUUACUGAAAUUACUGAUAUUACUGAUCUAUGACUUUUUUAUUCCCACUGCCUUUAACAUCGUGGUAUGUUAUGUGUUUUGUUGGUGUAUUUAUCAUUAUUCGCUACUUUGGGCUAUCAUACGGAGGGCAUAGUGAUAGGGUAUAGUUUGUCAUAUUCUUCAUUAUUUGUUUACAUUUGAUCCUUGGUCUGUAAUUAGUGUGCAGGUGGUAGAAAAUGUCACUAGGGACAAAUUCUCCCUCCAACCCACUACAGCCGGUUCUAAUUUACAAUUAGCCAGCCUGUCCAACCCUUCAUAACCUAUCCUGCAAACGAGUCCCACCCCUAUCCUAACUCGCUACAGGUUCCAGCCUG